AUGCCAGAUCACAAACAGCUGCGCCAGUUAUCAGACCACGGCGAUUGUUUCUCAGAAGUGCUAAUAUUCCUGCGACAACAGAGACAGCUAUUUGCGCGGAGUGAAAGAGUAAAGGGAAUUGAUUUCCAUCCUGUGGAGCCAUGGAUUUUGACCACUUUGUAUAGUGGUAUUUCAAACACCGAAUAUAAUUCUCCUACGUUGCUAAUUAGCCCCAGGUCAUGUCUACAUAUGGUCGUACGAGACUCAGGUACUUCUGACUUCUGCCAGCACUCACAGCCAUCGACUGACCUCUUCUAGGCCAUAGUAAAGACAUUUGAACUGACAGAUGUUCCCGUACGUGCUGGACGCUUCAUAUCGAGGAAGAACUGGAUUGUCUGCGGUUCUGAUGAUUUCCAAUUGCGAGUUUACAACUACAACACCUCCGAGAAAAUUACCUCCUUCGAAGCCCACCCAGAUUACAUUCGAGCGAUCGUGAUCCACCCUACACAACCUUUCGUACUCACAGCUUCCGAUGACAUGACAAUAAAGCUCUGGGAUUGGGAGAAAGGAUGGAAGUGCGUUCAGGUUUUCGAGGGACACAGCCAUUAUGUUAUGGGUCUUGCAAUCAACCCCAAGGACACCAACACAUUUGCCUCAGCAUGUUUGGAUAGAACAGUCAAAAUUUGGAGCUUGGGCUCUGCGACCGCCAACUUCACGCUUGAAGCACACGAGCACAAGGGUGUAAACCACGUAGACUACUACCCACAAGCCGACAAACCAUACCUCCUCACAACCUCAGACGACCGAACAGUCAAGAUUUGGGAUUACACCACAAAGUCUUUGAUCGCAACCUUGGAAGGACACACGAGUAAUGUUUCGUUUGCCUGCUAUCACCCAGAGUUGCCAGUCAUUAUUUCCGGUUCCGAGGAUGGAACUGUCAAGAUCUGGCACGCCAAUACCUACCGACUGGAGCAAUCACUAAAUUAUGGACUUGAAAGAGCCUGGUGUGUCAGCUAUCAGAAGGGUAAGCAGGGUGUUGGUGUUGGUUUUGAUGAGGGUGCAGUCGUUGUAAAGAUGGGACGAGAAGAGCCAGCAGUUUCUAUGGACGGCUCAGGAAAAUUGAUUUGGGCAAGACAUAGCGAAGUUGUGUCUUCAAUUAUCAAGGGUGGUGGUAAGUUGCAGAUUCAUGAACCACAAUUCAGAAAUUUACGUUAAUGAUUUCUAGAUGCGUCCUUGAAGGACAAUGAGCCAAUAUCCCUUCCUACAAAAGAUCUUGGUACCUGCGAAGUCUACCCUCAGACACUUCUUCAUUCUCCUAAUGGCCGAUUCGUUUCGGUGUGUGGAGAUGGUGAAUUUAUCAUCUACACUGCUCUUGCUUGGAGAAACAAGGCUUUUGGUUCUGCUCUGGACUUUGUAUGGGGCUCGAAAGAGAACAGCAACGACUAUGCCAUUCGCGAAUCAGCUACAAGCGUCAAAAUCUUCAAGAACUUUGUUGAGAAACCUGGUGGACUUGAUGUUGGAUUCCAGGCCGAGGGGUUGACUGGUGGUAUUCUGUUGGGUGUUAAAGGACAAGGUGGUGUCGGAUUUUAUGAUUGGCAAACUGGUGGUCUGAUCCGAAGAAUUGAAGUUGACCCUAUUGAGGUUCGUACCACAAAAUCUACAAAUUUAAUAUUGCUGUGCUGAUUACUUUUCUUCAGGUUUACUGGUCGGAAAAUGGCGAGUUAGUCUCGAUUGCUUGCGAAGAUACAUUUUACGUUCUUCGAUUUUCGAGAGAAAACUACAUUGCCGCUGUUCAGAAUGGUGAGGUUGAUGAUGAUGGAGUUGAAGCUGCAUUCGAAGUUGUGACCGAUAUCAAUGAGAGGUAUGUGUGUUUCGCGUCCUACAGUUUCUAAACGUGCUAAUUGUCACAGUGUACGGACUGGAGAAUGGGUGGGUGACUGCUUCAUCUACACAAACAGUACCAACCGUCUGAAUUACCUGGUCGGUGACCAAACAUAUACAAUUUCUCACUUUGACCAACCGAUGUAUCUUUUGGGUUAUAUUCAACGCGAUUCAAGAAUAUAUCUCGCCGACAAGGAUGUCAACGUUACCUCCUUUUCUCUCUCGCUUUCUGUUGUCGAAUAUCAGACUUUGGUACUCCGCGAUGAUAUGGAAUCGGCCGAAGAACUUCUCCCUACCAUCCCUGCCGAUCAACUAAACAAAAUUGCUCGUUUUCUGGAAGGCCAGGGUCAUAAAGAGCUGGCGCUGGAAGUUGCCACUGACCCAGAGCACAAAUUUGAGCUGUCCCUGGCUCUUGGCGAAUUACCGGUUGCACUGGAGCUGGCCCGAGAGGCCAACGCUGAACACAAAUGGAAAACAGUUGGUGAUGCUGCGCUGGCUGCGUGGGACGUUGCGUUGGCAGCGGAAUGCUUUACCAAUGCCAAGGAUCUCGGGUCCCUGCUCCUUCUCCACUCCUCGACCGGUGAUAGAGAUGGUCUUCAGGCAUUGAGUUUACAAGCUCAAGAAGCUGGGGCUCACAAUGUUGCAUUUACAUGCCUGUGGCUUCUUGGUGAUGUGGAGGGUUGCAUUGGUCUCCUUUCCCGCACUGGACGUUCGGCCGAGGCGGUUCUCUUCUCUCAGACCUAUAAGCCAAGCCUUACCGUCAAGACGGUUGCCUCGUGGAAAGAGAGUUUGGAGAAGGAGAAGAAGGGGAGAGUUGCUAAGACUGUGGGUGUACCUGGUGAGGAUGAGGAGUUGUUCCCGGAGUGGGAGGAAUGGUUGAAACUGGAGAGUGAGGGGGGUGUAAACUUGAUUGAUGUCAAUGGUGGCGGUGAAGAAGCUGAGGCUGAGGCUGAGGCAGAUGGGGAAGAGGAAAGUGAAGGAGCUGAGGGUGAAGAGGAAGAGGACGAGGUUGAGUAGAUGAUGGGGUUAGUAGCUGUUUUUUCUAGUUUAAUGAAUGAGUGAGUCAGUGUAUGGAUUCUUGUUCUUUACUUUACUUUUUUUGGGGUGGUAUGUUGAAAAUUGG